CUCGAAUUAGUUUCGACAUGCAGGUAUUGUAUGGAAUCUUGUUGAUUUGCGGUUUCACCGCAACCGCCCUAGCAAAGCCUCCAAAACCAGAUUACUGCGAUGGGCGCCAUGAAGUUCUCAACGAAUGCGCCUCCUCCUGUACGGCUGAACCAUCCUGCAACGAUGUUUUCCCACAACCAACUGGCAUUUGCAACAAAAUGUGUGUCAGAAGAUGUGAGUGCGACGUGGAUAAUGGUUACGUAAGAAAUUUCGCCACCGGUAAAUGUGUACGGAUAGACAAGUGCCCGGCAAAUGAUUACUGCGAUGGGCGCCAUGAGGUUCUCAAUGAAUGCGCCUCCUCCUGCAUAGCUGAGCCGUCCUGCCUCGAUCCUUAUCCACAACCAGUUGGCGUUUGCAACCUAAUGUGCAUCAAAAGAUGCGAGUGCGACGUGGACAAUGGUUACGUGAGGGACUUAGACACCGGUAGAUGCAUACGAAAGGAUAAAUGCCCUGCAACUUGUAAUUGCGGUUUUGGAGAGGUGUUUAACGAAUGCGCUUCGAGCUGCUUAGCGGAACCAACGUGUCAAGAUCCGACUCCCGAUCAGGAAGGCUUAUGCACUUACCAGUGCGUACAAAGAUGCGAAUGCGAUGCUUCAAAGGGCUACAUAAGGGACAAAGACACUGACAGAUGCGUUUUGAGAAACGAUUGCCCCGUGCCUUGUGCAGAUACUUGCGGUUUUGGAGAGGUGUUUAACGAUUGCGCUUCGAACUGCUUAGCGGAACCAACGUGUCAAGAUCCGACUCCCGAUCACGAAGGGAUAUGCACUUACCAAUGCGUACAAAGAUGCGAAUGCGAUGCUUCAAAGGGCUACAUAAGGGACAGAGACACCGGCAGAUGCGUUUUGAGAAACGAUUGCCCGGUGCCUUGUGCAGAUACUUGCGGUUUUGGAGAGGUGUUUAACGAUUGCGCUUCGAACUGCUUAGCGGAACCAACGUGUCAAGAUCCGACUCCCGAUCACGAAGGGAUAUGCACUUACCAAUGCGUACAAAGAUGCGAAUGCGAUGCUUCAAAGGGCUACAUAAGGGACAGAGACACUGGCAUAUGCGUUUUGAGAAACGAUUGCCCCGUGCCUUGUGCAGAUACUUGCGGUUUUGGAGAGGUGUUUAACGAUUGCGCUUCGAACUGCUUAGCGGAACCAACGUGUCAAGAUCCGACUCCCGAUCAGGAAGGCUUUUGCACUUACCAAUGCGUACAAAGAUGCGAAUGCGAUGCUUCAAAGGGCUACAUAAGGGACAGAGACACUGGCAUAUGCGUUUUGAGAAACGAUUGCCCGGUGCCUUGUGCAGGUGAAUGCCCGGACAACGAGCAUAUAGGUUGCGAGACCUGCUGCCCGGAGUCAGUGGAAACGUGCCAGAACAGGAACCCGAAGCCUUGCAAAAAGAUGUGCACUACCAUUUGCAAGUGGGGUUGUCAAUGCGACGAGGGUUACAUCAGAGACGAGAUUUCCAAUCGAUGCGUUCGACCCUACCAAUGUCCGAAUUAUUUCCUUCACCACUUUUAGUUUGAUGUGGAAAUAAUAAAUGUACUUGAUUGAUGAAAA